AUCGGCCCUCAAAUAUGAGAAUGUUGUCAAAGAAAAAGCAAUCGGCUUUGCGAUGUUACUCAGUAUUGAAGGGUUUAAAGCGUCCGACGGGUGGAUUACAAAAUUCAAGAAGAAAUACAACCUUCGUGAAUAUAUGGAGAGGCGAGAAGUGCUCCAUCUGACGAAGCUAUUAUGCAGAGGUGCUGAGGCUAUGUUACAAUUUUUCGAGCAAUAA